CGCGAGGGCGGCCGAAGCGAGAGUGGGACCGAUCGGCCGGGGCCGGCGCGGCCGAAGGGACCGGGCAACAGAUCUCCAAAAUGGAAACUGGUUCCGUGGUCCGGGCUGUCUUUGAUUUCUGUCCCAGUGUUUCUGAGGAGCUGCCACUGUUUGUGGGGGACAUCAUAGAAGUGCUGGCAGUCAUAGAUGAAUUCUGGCUCCUUGGAAAAAAGGAAGGAGUCACAGGACAGUUCCCCAGCAGUUUUGUAGAACCUGUGGACAUUCCUGCUUUGAAGCAAGGAGAGAAGCUUUUUGUCUGUACCAGCAACUUUACAUCCCAGGAGCCUGGCAGCCUGAGUUUGCAACGAGGAGACCUGGUGAUUCUGGAUGGUCCUCAAGCCUCUCCUUGGCCCCAAGGCCGAAGCUGUUGGGGAGCCAGAGGCUUCUUCCCCUCGUCCUGUGUACAAGAGCUCUGCCUCUCUUCUGUUGGUCCUCAGUCUCAUUAUGGCACUGCCCUGGAGAUGCCAGCCUAUGCCCUGGGUCAGGCCCGAGCAUUGAUGGGCCUUUCUGCUCAGCUGGAGGAGGAACUGGACUUCCGAGAAGGAGAUGUGAUCACCAUUGUGGGGAUCCCUGAGCCUGGGUGGUUCGAAGGGGAGCUUGAGGGCCAUAGAGGCAUCUUCCCUGAGGGAUUUGUGGAACUUUUGGGCCCAUUGAAAACUGAGGGCAACUCAGAGGCGUUGACGUCCUCAGAAAACCAUGGGAUGAAUGGAGUGAAAGAGGCAUAUCUCCAGGAAGAGCAGAGGACCUGGAACGAGGAGGAGGAGUGUCCAGGGCCUUAUGGGAUUGCUCUCUAUCAGUUCCAAGCUCUGGAAGCAACAGAACUAGAUUUUGAAGUGGGGGACAGAAUUCGGAUUUUGGGGGUCUUAGAAGAUGGCUGGCUAGAGGGGGAGCUUCGAGGAAGACGUGGCAUCUUUCCCUACAGGUUUGUGAAGAUGGAGGAGAAUAGCCCCCCAUUCAGGGAGGACUCCACAUGCCUGCCAAAGGCGGUGGUAGGCUCUGAGGCCUCCAGUGCCCACAAAGCAGUUCCCACUCCCAUAUGUGAGGAGCCUGGCUGGAGCACAGACCAUCUUGAGGAGAAAUUUAGUCAUCUUAUGGUUAGCACAGAGGAUGCGUUGAAGGACAGUCAGCUCAAGCAGAAUGAAAUGUUGAACCUCCAGAAUGAAGCCUUUCUGGGACCUCUACCCUCAGGGAUAUCAAGCGUUCCUUCUGCGGACUCUGCCACAGCUGUGAAUGGAGGUCCUUGUAUACCUCAGCCUGCACUCCAGCCCAAGAAGCUACUCCGUGACCAGGCGAGGAAGUCAGAAUCCAGUCAAAGUCCAAGGACAUCAUGGGGCUACUCUGAGGCAUACAAGCCCUCACAUUGGGAUGGAGAUGAUCCUAGUCUUUCCCCAGAGAAUGUUCUUCCUGACGACCUGGCCUCUUGUAUGGAUGUCCAGUGGCGGAAGCCCAAAUCCCGUUCUUCCAGUUUCAGUGGGACCCACGAGGGCCUGGAUACUUGGCCUGUCUGUCGCAGCACUCGGACUGAGCGCUCCCAAGGGAUGCUGCAUGGAGAGAGCUGUGGGGACCUGGAUUCCAAACUGACAGAGCAGCUGGCACAGUUUGAACAGAGUCUGACCAGUCCUGCAGGCCACUCCAGCUAUGAGACCCCGGAGGGUGAAAAUGUCUCCCGGCAUUUUUCUAUCCUGGACUUCAGAUCUGAGAAGGACAUCGUCCGCGGCUCAGUGGAGCACACCUUCCAGAGGAGGAAAGCGCUGAGACCACCACCUCCCCGGCCCAGCACCCCAGCCUCAGCCUCACCUCCCUUGCCAGCAGGACAGAGCCUCAGAACAUCUCCUCCCUCUCAGGUUCUUCCAAUCUCUGUGCGGCCCUCUCGGCCAGCACCGCUUCCACCUGUGGGCAGCCAGCGGAGGCGCCCAGACCCAGCCAAGAACUGCUUGAGGGACAAAGAGGGGUCAGGCAACCUCAGGGAGUCUAGCAGUACACCUCAGUGCCUUUUCCUGCUCAGCCGCAUUCAGGAGCUGGAACGAGAACUAGAUGUUUAUAGAAAAACUCAUGUGGAGAUCAGUGCAAUGCUGGAGCAGCCUCAGAAUGAAGUGGUGCGAGCUGAAACUCUGGAAAACCUGGACUUCUGCGACUGCAAGAUUUCCAGUCUGUGCCAGGAGCUGCAGGAGCUGAGGGGAUGCGAAAACAGCAGGCCUCAGUGUGAAACAACCCGGCAACAGUUUGUGGCAGAUGGUGUCUCUGGAGAGACAGAAUUGUUUACUAUCCAGUCCAAAGUGCCAGAUUUGCCGGUGUGGAAGGAUGGCUGUCCCAGGACACGUGUAGGGCGAUCAGACUGGAGUCUGGACUGGGAGGAUAAAGCAGAGUGGGCAGGUGGGACAGAAGCCUGGCAACGCAACAGCUGUUACCGGCGCACAGCUCCCAGUGCCUUGAGGCACCAUGUAAAAGCAAAACAAGAAAUGACCCUGCUCUCCUCUCAGCCGGCUUCUCUGGAGUCUGUGGCCACUGCAGCCACCACUCCCAACCCAGAACAGAGGAUGUUGGAGAAGAGGGCAAAGGUGAUUGAGGAGCUGCUGCAAACAGAGCGGGAUUAUAUCCGGGACCUGGAGAUGUGUGUACAGAAGGUGCUGGUGCCCUUGCAAGAGGCACAGGUGAGAAUGGUGCCAAAUGUAGACUUCGAAGGACUGUUUGGAAACAUCCAUGGGGUUAUUGCCUUCUCCAAGCAGUUGCUCAGCACCUUGGAGACUGCCGAUGCUGUUGGACCAACAUUCCUGACACUUCAGGCUGAGCUGGAGGCUGUGUACAAAAUGUAUUGCCAAAACCAUGAUGAGGCCAUUGCGCUGCUAGAGGCAUAUGAGAAGGAUGAGAGAGUGCAAAAGCUUCUGCUGGAGUCUCUGGAAGUCCUCAGGAAUCUGUACAGUGAAUGGGGAUGCACCAAUUACAUUGACCUGGGUUCCUUCCUGAUCAAGCCUGUUCAGCGUGUGAUGCGCUACCCACUGCUGCUGAUGGAGCUCCUGAGUGCCACCCCUGAGUCUCAUCCUGAUCGUGCUCCGUUGGCAACUGCUGUUCUGGCUGUCAAGGAGAUCAAUGGCAACAUCAAUGAGUGCAAACGGAGAAAGGACCUCGUGCUGAAGUAUAGGAAGACAGAUGAUGACAGUCUCAUCGAGAAGAUCUCCAAACUCAACUUCCACUCCAUUAUCAAGAAGUCCAAUCGUGUCAGCAGCCACCUCAAGCACCUCACGGGUUUUGCACCACAACUCAAGGAUGAGGCUUUUGAGGAGACAGAGAAAAAUUUCCGGAUGCAAGAACGGCUGAUUAAAUCUUUCAUCCGGGACCUUUCCCUUUAUCUUCAGCAUGUCCGGGAAUCAGCCUGUGUGAAAGUGACGGCAGCACUGAGUAUGUGGGACCUGUGCAUGGAGAAAGGCAGUGCUGAGUUGGAGCAGUUCCAGAAGGUCCAUCGUCUUAUCAGUGAUCAGCUGUUCUCAGAUUUUAAAGAACGGACAGAGCGGCUGGUGAUCUCUCCUCUGAAUCAGCUGCUGAACAUGUUUGCUGGCCCUCACAAACUGGUGCAAAAACGUUUUGACAAGCUCCUGGACUUCCACACUUGCACAGAGCGUGCUGAGAGGCUGAAAGACAAACGGACCCUGGAAGAGUUACAAUCGGCACGCAACACGUAUGAGGCCUUGAAUAUGCAGCUGCUGGAUGAACUGCCGAAAUUCCAGUGCUGCGCGAAGCAGCUUUUCACCAGCUGUCUGCGUGGCUAUGCCAAGGCCCACUGUGACUUUGUACGCCUGGCACUGCAGGAACUGAAACCUCUGCUCUCACUACUGAAGGUGGUUGGCAGAGAGGGGAAUCUUGUUGCCGUCUUUCAGGAAGAGCACAGCCGGGUCCUUCAGCAGCUGCAGGUCUUCACCUUCUUCCCAGAGAACACCCUUGCUGCCAAAAGGCCUUUUGAGAGGAAGAGCCUAGAGCGCCAGUCAGCACGGAGGCAACCACUUCUGGGCAUGCCCAGCUACAUGCUGCAGUCAGAUGACCUGCGUGCAGCCCUACUGGCCCGGUACCCCCCUGAUAAGCUCUUCCAGGCUGAGCGCAAUUUCAACGCAGCUCAAGAGCUGGAUGUGUCGCUCCUGGAGGGUGACCUAGUGGGUGUCCUCAAAAAGAAGGAUCCCAUGGGGAGCCAGAAUCGCUGGCUCAUAGACAAUGGAGUAACAAAAGGCUUUGUGUACAGUUCCUUCCUGAAACCUUAUAACCCACGAUGCAGCCACUCCGAUGCCUCUGUGGGCAGCCAUUCCUCGAGUGAAUCUGAGCACAGUGGCUCUUCCUCCUCCCGGGGCAGCAGUACACCAGGUAGUGUCCUGAGCAGUGUCUCUACCAUCAGCGCACAUAAACCUCCAGCAGCCUCUGGCUUCCAAAGGGAUUCAGCAGAUUCUCUUCAAGCCCCCUCUGACGGGGAUUUGGCCUCGCAGACCCAGGCAGGCACCACUGUAGCAUCUGUGCAGGCCCCCAGUUUGGUUCUAGCAUCCCGGCGAUACAGUAACCCUGAUCCUCGCAAUGGACACCCACCUCGGCCUAAGGCGCGAGCAGCCCCUUCAGUGGAUGGCAGCUCUAGGCUGAAGAGCAGUGAGUGCAAAGGAAACCAGGUUUAUUAUGCUGUUUACACCUUCAAGGGCCGGAACUCAAAUGAACUGAGUGUAACAGCCAAUCAAAGACUAAAGAUCCUGCAGUUUGAAGAUAUCACUGGCAACCAGGAGUGGUGGUUGGCAGAGGCACAUGGAAGACGGGGCUAUGUGCCAUCCAGUUACAUUCGGAAGACUGAGUACACGUGAAAUGUGUGUGUGUUUGUGGCAGGGCCAAAACUUGGUGCCUUAAUCACUUUCAGAACUGGACAGAGGAGGGGAAGUCUUGCUGUGCCCCACGGCCCUGUCCUCCCUGAUGGCUCAGAUUUGGAUAUAUUUGGUGGAGAGCCUGGCCACGAUUUCCAUGAUGUUGCAAUGAGGUGGCCCCGUUGGCAUCCUACUGUUUAUCUUAUGAGGCCAGACUGCCUGGCCUGAGGGGGAGUGCUGUGUGAAUUUCUUUCCCCCUUGAAGGAGGUGUUUAAUCCUCUUUAAAGAAGAAGAGAGAGGCAUCUAGCCAAUGGUAACUGGGGUCUUGAGUCACAGGGGCCAAAUCGGAACACAACAAAGAGCUUUGCUGGACCAGCAUUUUGUUUCCCAAAGUGAUCAGCCCAGAUUGCUGAGGAGCCCGUUGAAGGGGUCAUGGAGCCUGUAGCUUCCUCCUGCCUUUUCUUUCCCAGCAACUGGAAUUGGAGAUAUAUACUGUAGUUCCUUUUCCAGAGCUUGGCAGUGCUCCUUUUUUGGACUACAUUUCCCAGAAUCCUCUGGGAGGCUGUGACUGUGGGAGCUGAGGAGUUCUUGAAGUUCAAAUUUCCCCAAGCUCUGUUCUGAACCGACAGGUUCCCCUUAGGAAUCACAGCAACUUGCUGGUAAUAGAUCUGUUCUCCGUGACACAUUUACUGGAGGCACAACAUACAUUCUUGUUACAUGCAGGGUCCAACAGAAGUCUGUUUUUGUACAGAGAGUAGCACCAUGUGUGAGGUUGCAGGAUACUACCCAUGGAAAAGGAAAGAUGGAGAGGGCCACCACAGAGUCUCCUUUUGUCUCAGUGUUAAUUGGCAUCAGUUACUGCUAAAGUGCUCCUUUGCUCAGCUUCAAAGGGGCCUGAUGCUGACCUUAGAUGCUGCAGUGUUGCAGAAUGAAGGGAAUGCUGGAAUGGGAUUGUGCCCUGAGCACCAGUUCAAAUCAUGGGGGAGGUAUUCCGCUCCAAGGAAUGGAGCACAGUGUAAGGGUGGCAUUUUCCUCCUGAUACUCCGUAGCUGCUGUUUUGUAAAUAAAAUUGCUCUUUCUGAA